AUGGACUACAAUUCACUUACUGUCGCCAAGCUCAAGGAUGAGUUGAAGGAACGCGACAUUCCCAGCACCGGCCUCAAGCUCAAGAAGGACUUUGUCGACCGCCUAGAGCAGCACGAUCAAGAAACACUGAACCAACAACCGCAUCUCGACGACACUGUCCCAGAAUCCUCUCUCGACACCCCAGCAGACAAGCCCGCCGGCAUANNGACCCUCCCAAUGCCUCAGACCCACCACCAGCUAGCGAGGACACGCCAGAAUCCGUCGACCAUCAAGAGUCCGCAGGCGCAGAGCCAAUCCCAGACGCUGCUCCGUCGCCCCAACCAGAANGCCAUGAACGACCGGCCCGCCGACGCUACUCCUGAGCCUGUCAAGACAGAAGGGCCAGUCUCGGCCGAUGGUAANAAGAGAAAGAGACGCAGCCCCAGUCCGCUUAUGUCCGAAGACAUUGUCCACAAGAAACUGAAGCAAGAGGCUGAUGGUCCGGUCGUACACUUACCGUCCGACCAAGAUCCCAUCAAGGACCAUGUACCCAUGUCCGAUGUUCCUCUGGAGCAACCUGAUCUUACCCCCCAGCCAAUGUCAACCAGCGAUGACUUGACACAACCCUUCACCAACGACUCCGACAGGCCAAGGUCGACCCGAAGUCCCAACGAACGUCGUUUCAAGAAUCUAAUCAACCCUGCCGAGUCCGACCCCGUCCAGCUCACACCCGAGCCUGCUGAUGUUGCUGUAUCUCCUGCCAUCCACCCUGCUACUCGCGCUCUGUACAUCCGCGAUCUCGUUCGUCCCAUCAACCCCAGUGGCUUGCGAGACCACCUCGAAGACAUUGCCAGACCUCCAGACCAUUCUGAUACCUCCGCUUCCCUGGUCGAAGAAUGUUAUGUCGAUGCCCUGCGCACACAUGCCUUUGUUCUAUUCACAUCAAUAUCUGCUGCUUCUAGGGCGCGGGCCAGCACGCAUGCUCGAAUCUGGCCGCCAGAGUCAAUGCGCAAGCAGCUCUGGGCAGACUUCUUUCCUGAGGAGCGCUUCCAGGAAUAUCUUGAAGCCGAGCGAGCAAGCGGAGGCUCAAGGCCUAGUCAGGCUAAACGCUGGGAGCUUAUUUACGAUCCUCGCGAUGAUGGUGUAGAAGUCCAGCUUGUCGAGGCGGGUCCUGCUGUCCACCGUGCUUCAACGCAUGCUGGCGCACCAAACGCUCCUCCCACCGGGCCCAGAGGCAGCAUGUCGAGCGGCAGACGACCUUCGUUUGCUCAAGGCGAGCAAAGACGCUCUUCUCAGCCUGUUCCUGUACCUCCUCCGAGACGCAGCUCAAGGGUAGUUGAAGAAGCAAGCGCUCCGUUCCUGGAACUGGACAAGCUCUUCAACUUUACUUCCACCAAGCCAAAGCUAUACUGGCAGCCAGUAAGUGACGAUCUCGCCGAUAACAGGCUCGACGAGUUGGAUCGUGAGACGAGCAGAGACUGGGAUCCACGCGCCGAUAUGAAGAGGAACGGUGAUUCGCUGGGUCGCGGGCUCGAUCAACUCAAGCGUUACACUUUCGAGGAUGGUGAUGUUCUUGUCGAUGGCGGUCCUGAAUUCGGCGGAGGUCGUGCAUUCGCGCGAGCUGGAAACCGUGGUCGCGGCCGAAGGAAUGGAGAUAGCUAUCGUGGCGGCCGCUAG